AUGCUCAAUUUCGGAUUAGCCAGCAUAGAUCUCGCAGCCAAGCGCCAGCAGAGAAUGCUCAGAACGCUCGGACAAAACCUGCUCAGUAUCGACGCCAAGGGCGCCUGCGAUGCAGGUACAAUCGGAGCCAGCAACAAGCAUGAGCGAGAAGCGCUUCUCACAGCUGUCGUUCUUCAGGGGAUCGUUGUCGCACAAACAGCAGACGGCGUACUGGAGCCCCACGUCAAAUGCGCUUCUUGGCUCAUGGAAGCACUAGGAUACUUCGACGAGAUACCACAGAACCCCAUCGCACGUAUGACAGUACAGCGGUAUGGCAUGGUCGACGUAAUGCUAGCCAUAUCACGACAGCGAAGGCCGUACGCACCGCAAAAUUUCAUACUCAACCAGCCCGACCAGAAUCGUUGGGACACCACCGAGCCCUCAUUCCACAAGAUGACGGGAUGCCCGCAGCCACUGAUGCGCUUUCUAGUACGAAUAGCACAUUUAGCCUGCGACAUGAACGAGGCGCUCGAAACAAAUACAGAUGGAGGCGCUAUUCUCAACGAAGCAUUCCAACUCGACACCGAGCUUCGCGCUUGGGGAUCUGGGUACAAUGGAAUUCCACCCUCGCGAUGUGAACGCACGCCUCUGGAUAUUCUCACUGAGUGCUUUUACUGGACUGCACAUUUACUGCUUGCCCGUCGGGUUUUUCGAGACCAGACAUGCUCGCCGCGCGUACAGCAUUUAGUGCAUGUGUGCUUUGGGCUGAUGGAUCACCUGUCAACGGGUUGUGGGCCCGAUUCUUCGCUGCCUCAGCCGUUCUACAUUGCUGCGAGGGAGGCUAUAACCCCUGAAGAUCGUGUGUGGGUUCGGCAUAAGCAUGAGUCAAUGACGGCUUACUAUCGGGAACAACAACGGAACUCGGCGAUGGAGCUUAUUGAGCAGAUCUGGGACACUACAGAUAAGCUACGGGAGCUGGGUAGUGGCUCUGGUUGGCCGAGGGGGACCGAAUUGUCAAUUGUGGAUAGUUUUGUGCAAGCGCUUGAUAGAGGGGCUUGUUUCUUCAUCUUCUAA